AAUACGCAACUUUGUUGAUGAUUUUAGAAGCCGUUUUUGAAUUUUGUGCAAUAAUCAAAUUUAAUUUAAAGAAAAUGAGCACUUUUGACAGUGAUUGUGCCUUCAUGAAUCUGGAGGAAAUCUGCCGCAGUUGCAUGUCCAAAAAGCAGAAAAUGCGACCCCUGUUUGGUUCCAGCCUGGACUCGAUGCUGAUGACCGUGGCGAAUGUCAAGGUCUCCCCAAACGAUGGCUUCCCGGCGCAGAUGUGCGUCCAGUGCGUGCUGCAGGUCAGCCGUGCGUUCACCUUCAAGCAGCAGUGCGAAAAGGCGGACGUCACCAUCCGGGAACAUUUGGCCGCCCAAAAAGCGAACCAGGAAAAGGACGAACCGGAGCCAGAGCUGCAACUCAUCACGCUGCAUCCGGACAGUCCCGGGUUAGAGUAUCGAAUCAACGGAAAUGCCGGCAACGAGUGCGUGCUGAUUCUGCGAAGUAUUAAGAUUCCUCCGGUGGAGGCGGUUCAGCAGCUACCGGAAGUUGUUCCGGUGGAAGAUCCGAAAACUUUUAUUGUGGCGAAUGUUGAGUCGUUUUUGCAAAGCGAUGAAAUGCAGGACCAAUCGAGAGAAAUAGUCGGAGGAAAGGUUGAUUUAGAAAUUAAUCGAGACGAUCUAUCCUGUAAUCUGGGACAGGAACUGCUGGAGGAUGGUUGUUACGUUGAAGAAAUUGAGGAGCCUUUUGAGCAGAAUCAAGAAGACGUAAUUCUUGAACGCGAAACAACAGUGCAACUGUCGAGCUCAGAAGCUCCAACGUCGAAUGCCCGCUUUGAGUGCAAUGUGUGCAAAAAGAAAUUCUCCAACUCCAGUAAGCUGAGGCGCCACUCGCGGACUCAUCUUCUCCACAAACCGCAUGUUUGCAAUAUCUGCGGCAUGAGCUUCGCGGAAAGUUCGAACCUCACCAAGCACAGACGCAAGCAUACCGGCGAACUUCGCAACGUCGUAGGAAAACCAAAUCUUUGCCCUGUGUGCGGAAAACGGUUCAAGUGGACCACCUCACUCUCAAAGCACAUGAAACACCACACGAAACGUAAGGUUUACUGGUGUUCGUUUCCAGGCUGCGGAAAAUACUACGUCGAACAGCGUUCUCUAGACAUUCACAGUUAUUCGCACGACGAUAAGAAACCCUUCUCGUGUCAGUACUGCAGUAAAGGAUUCACGCAAAAGUGUAACCUAGAAAAGCACGAACGCGUUCACACCGGCGAGAGGCCCUUCCGCUGCAACAUAUGCUUCAAAAGCUUCGCCCAGAGCGGUUAUCUGGUCAUCCAUCAGCGAAUCCACAGCCACGAACGGCCCUACAGUUGCCAGGAGUGCGGCAAGCAGUUUGCGGCCUCAAACGCCCUAACCGUCCACCUGCGGUCGCACAGUGGCGUGCGCAAUUACGGCUGUGAUGCGUGUGGGAAGCGAUUUUCGCGCCAGGAAACGCUCACCAUUCACACGGCUCGGAAGCACUCGGGCGGCGAGCGGCCACCGCACGGCUGUGUGCUGUGCGAGGCAAGGUUCGAGAGUGCCGACCAGCUGACGGAGCACAUGAAGAGCGAGCACGGCGAUCGGUUCUACCACAUGUGUCCGAGCUGCGGGAAGGUGUACGCGUCGAUGCAGAGUUUGAAGAACCACCAGAAGAUUCACCUCAAGGAAGGCGAUGAAGAUCAGAAGCUAGGUCAGACCGUUGACGGUGAGCUGACACGAUCUCGUGAGACUGCAGAAACAAAUCUUUCCGGUAAUCAAAUACUUGAAUCUGUUAACUUUACGGGAGAAAACAUUAAUGUUAUUUACGAUUAAAAGAAAUAAAAAGUGCAAGUGGUUAUGUUACUCGUGACCAACAUGACAAAGAAUAUUAAACACAGCU